GAGCGUUUCUUUCUCAGAACAGUUUUCUGUGGAAAGACUACAUUUCCCAGAAUCUCACAGAGCACUGCGCCAAACUCGCUUCACGCGCUCCACCUACCGGCUCGAGCACUGGCCGGUGCUGACACUUUAAUGACUCGCGUGCGUGAGGCGGCGGCAUCAGCAGCAUCUUGAUCAAACAACAGCAGCACUGCCGCAAUACUGACCAGGUGUAGUAAGCUGAGGUGCAGCCAUGAUGAAAGCGGGCGCCACCAAGGCGGGGCUGCCCAAGUCGGGACUCCAAGAGCGGGCCAGGCAGACUUCCUUUACCACUUCUUCCUCCACCAACACCUCCACAGGCAUGAAGACCUCAAGAUCCUCCAACACGCUGGCCUCAGACCAGCGCCUCAGCAGACUGAAAAGAGCGAGCAGUGAUGAUGCCUUGACAAAGCCUGCGCUGGGAGCUGCUGCCUCUGGUUCCCGGAUGAAGAAGACUGUGACCACUGGAGCCAUAUCAGAUCUUGCUGAGGCCCGCCCUCGCAGUCAGUCUGGAGCACAAACAGCAAAGAAGUCUGGUAUCCCAGCUCCCAGAGAAAUACCUUCUACUAUAACAAGAGACCGCACCUCUCUGAGGGAGCAGCUAAGGAGCUCCAGCACUAAGAGGAUGGUUUCUAGUGCCAGCACCUCCAGCCUUUCAACUCUGGCAAAGCAGACACGUGCAUCAACCAAGUCCCGUGGGGAUGCAGAGGGCCAGGAAAGGGGCCUUUUGGAGUGCCAGGUGAAAGAGCUGCUAGCUGAGGCCAAAGCUAAGGAAUUAGAGAUCAGCAAUCUUAGGAUGGAGUUACAGCGCUGCAAAGGUAAAGCCUCCACUGCUUCCCCUUUAACUUCACCUAACACUGUCUCAUGGCAAGAGCCAUCUGCAGACAGAGAGCAGGGACAGGUGACAGAGGCUCUUGUCCUGGUUGGGGAGCUGAGGGAGAAGAACGGCAAGUUUCAGAGAGAGCUAGCAACGCUCAGGGAGGAGAACCAGUUGCUGAAGGAGAAGCUGCUCAGCUUGGAGGCCUCUCCUCUAUCUAGUACAAACACAAACAGCCCCACCAAGCCUUUGGUUAACGGUCUGCCCUCAGACUCAAACUCCUCCACCCCACAACAGGACAGUCUCCCUUCAAAUGCCAGCCUUCUUAAAACCUCUGUUUCCUCAAGCUCAGACGUCACCAAGGACUCACCAUCACCUGACUCCUCUGAGUUUGAGAAAAUUCCCUCCCGGUCAGAAUCUCUGAGCAGUGGUGUGAGUGGGGAGGCCAGCACAGUGGGGGCACUCACCAAUUCAGGGAAAGAUAUGUCAGUGCAGAGUCUGACCGAACAGAUUCAUAAGAUGGAAGAGAGCCACCACAGCACAGCCGAGGAGCUGCAGGCAACUCUGCAAGAGCUGGCUGACCAGCAGCAAGUGGUGCAGGAGCUGACUGCUGAAAACGAGCGUCUGGCAGAGGCAAAACGCCUGCUGCAGGCCUCACUUCAACAGCAGAGAGAGCGAGUGGAGAUGAUGGCCCAGAAGAAUGAAGCACUGGCUGGGAGACUUGAGGAGCAGGCCCAAGCUCAGGCCCAGAGGGAGGAGGAGCUGGGGAACCAAGGGCCUCGACUAGCUGAGGUGGAGCAGAGAUACUCCGAGCUGAUUGAGGGCUCGCGAUUUGAACGAGAGAAGCUAGUGGACAUCCAGCAGCAGCUGACGGGUAGCCUGCGGGCUCUCGAGGAGGAGCACCAGGAGGCCCAGGGCCAAGUGUGCUCUCUCAGAGAGGAGAUGGACAGGCUGCAAGCCCAGCUGGACAGGGAGCUGGAGGCCCGAGGUCAGGCUGAACAAGUUGCAGAGGAGCAGAGGGCAUCAGCAGACUUUCUUAGACUGGAAAACAGCAGACUGAAGGCACAGGUAGACAUUGAGAGGCAAAAAGUGGGUGAGCUUAAGGCCAUGCAGAGUGCCAGUGACAGCACUGAGGUGCAGAACCUGCUGAAGACAGCCCACACUGAGAGAGACAGACUGGAGACAGAGCUGACUGAGCUGAGGCAAGAGCUGCUGCAGGCCAAGGCUGAGACUGAGCAUGUGCGAGCCACAAUGUCCAAGGUGGAGGCCAAAUGCCAGCAGAUUCAGGAGCGGGCAGAGAAUAGGGAGCAGGAGCUCAGCAGUAGAGUGACUUCUCUGGAUGAGGCGGGAAUCCAGGCUGAGAACCAGGUGAAGGAGCUGAAGGAGACUAUCUUUGAACUGGAGGACCAGGUGGAGCAGCAGAGGGCUGUGAACUGCCACACCAACCAAGCCGUCCUGGAUAUGGAGAAUCUUGUCAAAAAGCUGGAGGAGCAGAAAGCUGAAGCGGAGCGACAACUGAAAGUCUUGACUAGACAGAUAAAGGAUGAAAAAGAGGAGUGGCGUCGGUUCCAGGCGGACCUUCAGACAGCAGUGGUGGUGGCCAACGACAUCAAGGUGGAGGCUCAGCAGGAGCUGCGUACACUCAGAAGGCAACUGCAGGAGGAGCAGGAUCGCAGUGCCAAGCUUUCAACAGACCUUGAGGUCCUGCAGGGAGUCAGGUCCCAAAGUGAUGAGGUGAGGGGGUCCGACUCCGAUAACAACCGGCACUGGUGCGGCAUCUCCAUGAUCCCAACCCCACCCACAGACGCCAGCGGAGAUACUGACUCAGAUCCCGGAGCUACUGUCAAAUCCCUCAUAAAGUCCUUUGAUACAGGACAGAAUGGCCCAGCCCACACAAUUCAAAUGCAUUCUUCCCAAAGAAGCCCACUGAGUGGGAUCCCUGUACGCACUGCACCUGCUGCUGCUGUCUCCCCUAUCCAGAGACAGACAUUCAUAAAGCCUCUAUCAAAGACUUUGGAAAAAAGAAUCAAUCAUGGGGAAUUCUCGCAUCAGUAUGAUAAGUUGUCAGGUUGCGGUGAAGACCUCAAACCCACCAGCCUAAUGAGGAAGAGCCCUUCUUUAGAGUCUGUAAUCAAAACGCCAUCCUUGUUUAGCAGUCGCACAUCUCCCUUCAGCUACAACCGGGAAAACAGCAAGCUCAGUGUGGAAAGAAAGGACCCCUUGGCUGCACUGGCGCGGGAGUAUGGAGGAUCUAAGAGAAACGCUUUACUGAAGUGGUGCCAGAAGAAAACAGAAGGCUAUCCGAAUAUUGAUGUGACCAACUUCAGCAGCAGUUGGAGCGAUGGUUUGGCUUUCUGUGCCCUGUUGCACACGUAUCUACCCGCCCACAUCCCUUACCAGGAACUCAUCAGUCAAGAAAAGGUCCGGAAUCUGACCCUGGCUUUCCAGGCAGCCGAGAGUGUUGGCAUCAAACCCUCUCUGGACAUGGAGGAGCUGAUGAAGACCGACAGACCAGAUUGGCAGAGUGUCAUGCAGUAUGUCUCUCAGAUCUACAAGUACUUUGAGACCUGACUGGAAGGGACACAGGAGUCGGAGACUGAUGGAUAAUGAAGCACGGCAGUAUGUUUGUGUCUCUAGAAAUACCUUCCAGAUGGACCGGGUGCUGCCAUCUCAAAUCAUCUCCUGCUCACUGUCGGACUCAAAAGACUUGACCACGGAUUUCUCUGCUCCUGAAAAAUCUAAAUCAGUCAUGGAGCUGCUGUUUCUCCAUUUCUCUGACUCUGCUGUCAGCUCUGCAGUGAGGAAACACAUUGAACACGUGCCAAAUCCUCUGCCAAAUCACAGCUUAUUCUUGACUAUCUAUGCAUGGUUAAAGUGUAACCCUCUGUGUAAGUGCGCAGUGUGACGUCUCCUUUCACUGAACAACAUGCAGUCAUGAGUGAACCAGUGUGAACCCAGCUUCCUGAAAACGUUGGUCCUGUGUGCUGAAAAGAAUCAAUCAGUCUUCUUACUGAGUGUCACUCUGAACAGAAUGGUGUUCCACUUUGUAGAGCAGAAACUAUUUUGAGUUGACAGAUUUGAGUUAAACUGAAGCGUUUAUAUAUUUUCCACUUUUAAUUGUGCGUGUCCUCAAAAACAGAAACAUGAAAUCUGCCAUCUGUGAUGCAACAGUACAAUAACAGAACACUAAGAGAGUUGCUGAAUAGUUUUGUAGGUAUAUUUUUUAAUGAAAACAGAUUGAUCUCUAUGUCUGUAUUGUUUACAGCUGUAAGGACUGGAUGAAUCAAACCAUUGUUUGUGCCCUCCUGUAUCUAUUGUUAAUGUUUUUUAUCAUAGCUCUCAUUAACUAUGGCACUGCAGCUGCUUUGCAAUAUGAAAAUAAGUUUAUUUGGCAUGCCAAGUUAAAUGCUCAAGGAGAGGAUCACUUUUACAUGUGACAGCUGAGGCACAACACUUUAUCUGUGGUAUGAUUUAGACAAGCCUCUAUUUGCAGAUGCACUCAUGUUUUAGAAAAUUGAAAUUGUACUUUAUUUAUUUAGAAGACAAGAUGCAUUCUGAGAAGUGAGAGUGUGGAAAGAGAUGUUUGCAGUUUUAUAGUUGAAAAUGUCAGAUCUGAAGGCCUGCUGGAGGGAUAUCACUAAAUAAAGGACUGGUGAGUUUCAUAAUCGA